AUGUACAAGCGUCGGGAAUAUGUGGAACUUUAUGAGAAGGAUCUGGCCAAAUGGGCACUGCUACGCAACGUCAACACAGUGGUGAAACAGAGCACACUGCUGCCGGGCGACUAUGUGUGGUUGGACCUAAAGACUGGUCGGGAGUUUGAGGUGCCAAUCGGUGCGGUGGUCAAACUCUGUGACUCGGGACAGAUCCAGGUGCUGGACGAUGAAGGAAAUGAGCACUGGAUUUCCCCCCAGAAUGCCAGCAACAUCAAGCCAAUGCAUCCCACCUCCAUCCACGGUGUGGAGGACAUGAUCCGCCUAGGAGACCUCAAUGAAGCAGGAAUCCUCCGCAACCUGCUCAUCAGAUACAGAGAAAAACUCAUUUAUACGUACACCGGCUCCAUCCUGGUGGCCGUCAACCCUUACCAGGUGCUGCCCAUCUACACGGCCGACCAGAUCCGCCUCUACACCAACAAGAAAAUUGGUGAAAUGCCGCCCCACAUCUUUGCCAUUGCUGACAACUGUUACUUCAACAUGCAGAGGAACAACCGCGACCAGUGCUGUAUCAUCAGUGGUGAGUCUGGAGCAGGGAAGACAGAAAGCACCAAACUGAUCCUUCAGUUCCUGGCAGCCAUCAGCGGUCAACACUCCUGGAUAGAACAGCAGGUCCUGGAGGCCAACCCUAUACUGGAGGCCUUUGGCAACGCUAAAACAAUCCGCAACGACAACUCGUCUCGUUUUGGAAAAUACAUCGACAUCCAUUUCAACAAGAGAGGAGCCAUAGAGGGAGCCAAGAUAGAGCAAUACCUGCUGGAGAAAUCCAGAGUUUGUCGACAGGCCCACGAUGAGAGGAACUACCACGUCUUCUAUUGCAUGCUGAAGGGCAUGACUGCAGAUGAGAAGAAGAAACUGGGACUAAGCAAGGCCACCGACUACACCUACCUGACCAUGGGUAACUGCACAGUGUGUGAUGGCCGAGACGACAUGAAAGAGUACUCCAACAUCCGCUCUGCAAUGAAGGUCCUUAUGUUCACAGACAAAGAGUACUGGGAGAUUUCUAAACUGCUGGCUGCUAUAUUACACAUGGGAAACCUCAGAUAUGAAGCUCGUACCUACGACAACCUGGAUGCCUGUGAGGUUGUCCGCAGCCCUCACCUUACCACUGCUGCUACACUGCUGGAGGUGGAUGGUAAGGAUCUGAUGAACUGUCUGACCAGCCGAACUCUGAUCACCAGAGGAGAGACCGUCUCCACCCCACUCAGCAUGGAACAAGCUCGGGAUGUACGGGACGCUUUUGUUAAGGGAAUUUACGGCCGUUUGUUCGUGUGGAUCGUGGAGAAGAUCAAUGCGGCCAUUUACAAGCCUGCAUCCUCACAGCCCAAAGUUUUGAGACGCUCCAUCGGCCUGCUGGACAUCUUCGGCUUUGAGAACUUCACUGUCAACAGCUUCGAGCAGCUGUGCAUCAACUUUGCCAACGAGAACCUGCAGCAGUUCUUCGUCCGUCACGUCUUCAAGCUGGAGCAGGAGGAGUACAACCUGGAGAACAUCAACUGGCAGCACAUCGAGUUCACCGACAACCAGGACGCGCUGGACAUGAUCGCCAUCAAACCCAUGAACAUCAUCUCGCUCAUCGACGAGGAGAGCAAGUUCCCCAGGGGCACAGACACCACCAUGCUGAACAAGCUGAACUUUCAGCACAAGCUCCACACAAACUACAUCCCUCCGAAGAACAACCACGAGACGCAGUUUGGCAUCCAACACUUUGCUGGAGUGGUUUACUACGAAACGAGAGGCUUUCUGGAGAAGAACAGAGACACUUUAUAUGGUGACAUCAUCCAGCUGGUUCACUCCUCCAAGAACAAGUUCAUCAAACAGAUUUUCCAGGCUGACGUUGCCAUGGGGGCAGAGACCAGGAAGCGGUCGCCCACUCUGAGCAGCCAGUUUAAAAGAUCUCUGGAGCUGCUGAUGAGAACUCUGAGCGUCUGUCAGCCUUUCUUCGUUCGCUGCAUCAAACCCAAUGAAUACAAGAAGCCCAUGUUGUUUGACAGGGAGCUGUGCGUGCGUCAGCUGAGGUACUCGGGUAUGAUGGAGACCAUUCGUAUCCGCCGCGCAGGAUAUCCCAUCCGCUACACCUUUGUGGAGUUUGUCGACCGCUACCGGGUGCUCAUGCCUGGAGUCAAACCGGCGUACAAACAGGAGGACCUGAGGGGAACCUGUCAGAGGAUCGCCGAGGCGGUGCUCGGCAGAGACGAUGACUGGCAGAUGGGAAAGACCAAGAUCUUCCUCAAGGAUCACCACGACAUGCUGCUGGAGAUCGAGAGAGACAAGGCCAUCACGGACAAGGUCAUCCUCAUCCAGAAGGUGGUUCGAGGUUUCAAGGAUAGGUCAAACUUCCUGAAGAUGAGGAAGUCGGCUGUGUUGAUCCAGAAGACGUGGAGAGGGUAUCACUGUAGGAAGAACUAUGGAGCUAUGCGAGCGGGCUUCUCUCGCCUUCAGGCUCUUGUUCGUUCCAGGAAGUUGUGUGCGUCGUAUCACGUGGCCCGUCAGCGAAUCACGGGCUUCCAGGGUCGCUGUCGGGGCUACUUGGUGCGCCGGGCAUUCAGACACCGGCUGUGGGCCGUCAUCACCAUCCAGGCCUACACCAGAGGCAUGAUCGCUCGCCGGCUGUACAAGAGGCUGAAGGGAGAGUACCGCAGGCGGCUGGAAGCGGAGAAGCUGCGUCUGGCUGAAGAGACCAAACUGAGGAAUCAGAUGUCGGCGAAGAGAGCCAAGGCCGAGGCAGAACGCAAACACCAGGAGCGUCUGGCCCAGCUGGCCAAAGAGGACGCAGAGCGGGAGAAGAAGGAGAAGGAGGAGGCUCGGAGGAAGAAGGAGAUGGUGGAGCAGAUGGAGAAGGCCCGUUUGGAGCCCGUCAACGACUCCGACAUGGUGGACAAAAUGUUCGGCUUCCUGGGGACGACGGCCUCUUUUCCGGGCCAGGAGGGACAAGCCCCUGCCGGCUUUGAGGACCUGGAGCGGACCCAUCAGGAGCUGGAGGAGGAGGAUCUGGACGAGGCUCUUCCUCUGCCUGAGGACGAUGAAGAGGAGGAUCUAUCGGAGUACAAGUUCGCCAAGUAUGCCGCCACCUACUUCCAGGGCACCACCACACACAGCUACGUCCGCCGGCCCCUCAAACAGCCUCUGCUGUUCCACGACGACGAGGGAGACCAGCUGGCUGCUCUGGCGGUGUGGAUCACAGUGCUGAGGUUCAUGGGAGAUCUGCCGGAGCCCAAGUACCACACGGCCAUCAGCGACGGAAGCGAGAAGAUUCCCGUCAUGACCAAAAUCUACGAGACGCUCGGAAAGAAGACCUACAAGAAGGAGCUGCAGGCGCUGCAGGGGGAGGGGGAGAUGCCUCCCGCUGACAGCCACAAGAAAAACAGCGUCCGACACAAACUGGUGUCCCUCACCCUGAAGAAGAAAUCCAAGAUCACUGAGGAGGUUACCAAGCGUCUUAACGAUGGUGAGUACGGUCUGCACGGCAACAGCAUGCUGGAGGACCGACCAACAUCCAACCUGGAGAAACUCCACUUCAUCAUCGGCAACGGGAUCCUGAGACCAGCACUGAGGGAUGAGAUCUACUGUCAGAUCUGUAAACAGCUGAGUCAGAACCCGUCUAAGAGUUCUCACGCCCGCGGCUGGAUCCUCAUCUCUCUGUGUGUCGGCUGCUUCGCACCUUCAGACAAGUUUGUCAAGUACCUGAGGAACUUCAUCAACAGCGGGCCGCCAGGUUACGCUCCGUACUGUGAAGAGAGACUGAGACGAACAUUUGUCAAUGGGACGAGAACGCAACCUCCGUCCUGGCUGGAGCUGCAGGCCACCAAGUCAAAAAAGCCCAUCAUGCUGCCGGUAACGUUCAUGGACGGCACGACCAAAACGCUGCUGACGGACUCCGCCACCACAGCCAACGAGCUCUGCAGCGCUCUGUCCGACAAAAUCAAUCUGCGGGACCGCUUCGGGUUCUCACUCUACAUCGCACUGUUUGACAAGGUCUCGUCUUUAGGCAGCGGGAAUGACCAUGUAAUGGACGCCGUGUCGCAGUGCGAGCAAUACGCGAAGGAGCAGGGCGCCCAGGAGAGGAACGCCCCCUGGAGGCUCUUCUUCAGGAAGGAGAUCUUCACGCCGUGGCACCUCCCUGCCGACGACCAGGUCGCCACCAACCUCAUCUACCAACAAACCGUCAGGGGCGUCAAGUUUGGAGAGUACCGCUGCGACAGGGAUGACCUGGCAGAGCUGGCCUCUCAGCAGUAUUACGUCGACUAUGGUUCGGAGAUACUUCUGGAGCGCCUGCUGAGCCUCAUCCCCUCCUACAUCCCUGACCGAGAGAUCAGCACCUCCAGGACGGUGGAGAAAUGGGCUCAUUUCAUCAUGGCUGCACACAAAAAGGGCAUCUACACCCAGAAGAGGUUUGACCCACAGAAGGUAAAAGAGGAAGUGGUGGACUUUGCUCGCCACAAGUGGCCUCUGCUCUUCUCUCGUUUCUAUGAAGCCUUCAAGUUCUCAGGCCCCAUUCUGCCUAAAAACGACCUGAUCGUCGCCGUCAACUGGACCGGGGUUUAUUUUGUGGACGAGCAGGAGCAGGUCCUCCUAGAGCUCUCCUUCCCAGAAAUCACUGCCGUUUCCAGCAGCAGGGGAGGAAAGUUGCAGAGUCAGAGUUUCACGUUGGCGACCAUCAAAGGAGACGAGUACACCUUCACCUCCAAUAACGCAGAGGACAUCCGCGAGCUGGUGGUGACCUUCCUGGAAGGCCUGAGGAAGAGGUCGAAGUUUGUGGUCGCACUGCAGGAUAACCCCAACCCCACUGGGGAGGAGUCCACCUUCCUGAGCUUUCUGAAGGGAGACCUGAUCCUGUUGGACAAGGACACUGGGGAGCAGGUGCUUAAUUCUGGUUGGGCACACGGCGUCAACGAACGAACCAAUCACAGAGGAGAUUUUCCAGCUGACUGCGUCUAUGUCCUGCCCACCAUGACCCGACCUCAGCAAGAAAUUGUGGCGCUGGUAACCAUGACACCGGACCAGCGACAGGACUCGGUUCGUAUUUCGCAGCUCGUCCUGCCAGAGAGUGACGGACGGAUAAAACCCUACACACUGGAGGAGUUCUCCUACGACUACUUCAGACCUCCUCCCAAACACACCCUGAGCAGGGUGAUGGUCAGUAAGAAUCGCGGGAAGGACAAGAUGUGGAGCUGCACCAGAGAGCCGCUAAAGCUGCCGCUGCUGAAGAAAGUGGUCAGCCACGAGGAGCUGGCUCAGGACGCCUGCAUGUCCUUCAUAGCUAUGAUGAAGUACAUGGGCGACUAUCCGUCCAAGCGGAUGCGCUCAGUCAACGAGUUGACAGAUCAGAUCUUUGAAGGAGCACUGAAGGCCGAACCUCUGAAAGACGAGAUCUACUGUCAGGUCAUCAAACAGCUCACGGACAACCACGUCAAGUACAGUGAGGAGAAAGGCUGGGAGCUGCUGUGGUUGUGUACUGGUCUGUUUCCUCCCAGUAACGUGCUGCUGCCUCACAUCCAGCGCUUCCUCCAGUCCAAGAAACACCACCCACUCUCUGGGGACUGCAUGCAGAGGCUGCACAAAGCUCUACGUAAUGGAUCCAGGAAGUACCCUCCUCAUCUGGUGGAAGUUGAGGCGAUCCAACAUAAGACAACCCAGAUCUUCCACAAAGUUUACUUCCCUGACGAUACAGACGAGGCGUUUGAGGUGGAGUCCAGCACCAAAGCGAAGGACUUCUGCCAGAACAUCUCAACCAGACUGCUGCUCAAAUCUCCUGAAGGCUUCAGCCUCUUCGUCAAGAUCUCAGACAAGGUGAUCAGUGUGCCAGAGGGAGAUUUUUUCUUUGACUUUGUCAGACAUUUAACAGACUGGAUCAAGAAAUCUCGACCAGCUAAAGACGGAAUCGUUCCCUCUCUGACCUAUCAGGUGUUCUUCAUGAAGAAGUUGUGGACCAACACAGUUCCAGGGAAGGACUCCUUCGCCGACUCCAUCUUCCACUACUACCAAGAGCUGCCUAAAUACUUGCGUGGCUACCAUAAGUGUUCACGAGAAGAGGUUUUCCAACUCGCGGCCCUCAUCUACCGCGUCAAGUUUGAGGAUGACAAAUCCCAUUUUCCUACAAUUCCCAAGAUGCUUCGGGAGCUGGUUCCCCAGGAUCUCAUUCGUCAGAUGUCACCGGAUGACUGGAAAAGGUCGUUGGUUGCAUACUUCAACAAACAUGCUGGUAAAUCAAGAGAAGAAGCCAAACUGAUGUUCCUGAAGCUCAUCUACAAAUGGCCGACCUUUGGCUCCGCCUUCUUUGAGGUCAAGCAAACCACAGAGCCCAACUUCCCAGAAAUCCUGCUGAUCGCCAUCAACAAGCACGGAGUCAGUCUCAUUGACCCGAAGACAAAGGACAUCCUGACUACUCACCCCUUCACCAAGAUCUCCAACUGGAGCAGCGGCAACACUUACUUUCACAUCACCAUUGGCAACCUGGUCAGAGGAAGCAAACUGCUGUGCGAGACCUCGCUGGGCUACAAGAUGGACGACCUGCUGACCUCUUACAUCAGCCAGAUGCUGACCAGCAUGAACAAGCAGCGCUCCGGGCGCGGCCACAGCAAGUGAACUUCUUACUGGCAGGAGGCCUCCGAGCUCGUCCGGCUCCUGCGCCCUAUUGGCCACCACUGCAGCUGGGGCCGGACCUUCGCCCACCAGCUGUGGAGGAUGAGCCGCAGUCCUUCUGCUAGCUCCGCGGGGUCCAAGCUCACCGGGGAGAGCUCGGCCGCCAGCGGCGAUGACCCCGGCGAAGGCCCUAGCAACCGUCACCGCUACGUUUACCGCGAAGACGAGGACGAGCCGUCCAGUGAGGAUGACUACCUCUAAAGCCUCCGAACUCUCCGUCACACAGCUCGGUCUUCGGUCGGUUUCAGUCCGUACGGCUGUCGUCUCAACCUUUUUAAUAAAUGUUGCAGUGACCCCCCCCCCC